AUGGAACGCCGAAUUCGAAAAGACCCCGGAGGUGAAUCUCUCCCACCAGCAUCGUCUGAUCUCCAUCCGCGUGGAGAAAACGGAAACAGCGAUGACGGUAGUAGAAUGAAAAAGGCAGCUGGUUCUGAAACAACGAGCAGCCAUGGAUGGAUCUGGAUGUCCAUGCUGGCGACGCUAUACGGCCUGCAGCCUGUGAUCAUGCGGAAAUGCCUAAGCGCUGACGCCAUCAUCGUCAGCCAAGUUAUGGCUGUCGACGUCGCCAAGAUCAUCUGUUCGCUCGCUGUGGUGCUUCUUGACGGAUCAGCCUGGCGGCUAUGGCGCAGCUGGCGGAUAAAAGAGUUCCUCCAAGGCUCCAUGGUGCCGGCUUUUGUGUACACGGUGCAGAACGUGCUUAUCAACAUCGCCUAUCGCCACCUGCACCCGGUCACCUUCGCCAUGUUGUCUCAGACGAAGCUUCUCUUCACCGCCUUGUUCAACUUCAUUUUCCUCAGGCAGAAGCAGUCCGUCCGCCAGGUCUUGGCCCUGCUCACCAUGCUCGUAGCAGCUGUGCUACUCUCCAUAGCCGAUCAUGUAGAACUCUCGCUCUCCCUCUUUGGGGGCGAGGGAACGGGAGACGGGAAGUUGGGAAAAGAGGGAGCAGGAAGCGGCAAGGCUAGUGCAGGUGGAGGAGGUGGAAGUGGAGGGUUGACGGAGAGUCUAGCAGCGUCGGUUGUGUUUGGAGUGGUUCCCAUGCUGGCAGCGUCUGUCACGUCUGGGUUUGGCUCCAUGUACUGCCAGUGGGUCUCCCAGGUGAAGGGCCGCAGUUCCUACCUGAUGACAAUCGAGAUGUCCUCCUUCAGCUUCUGCCUCCUCCUCGCCUCGCUCCUUCUCUUCCCAUCGUCACAUGACGCUGUGCGCAUGAGGCAAUUCGGUUUCUUCCACGCCUGGACCCUCCUCUCCACGGUGCCCAUAUUGACCAACGCGCUGGCAGGUAUCCUCGUGGGGGUGGUGGUGCAGGUGUCUGGAGGGCUGAAGAAGGGUUUCGUGAUGAUAAUAGCGCUGCUGGUGACAGCAGCAGCCCAGCUGCUUCUUGAAGGAGAGCCUCCCCCGCUGCUCGUGUGGGUUGCCUUCCCCUUGGUAGUGGCCAGCACUCACGUGCAUGCUGCAUACCCAUACGUGGAGAGAAAGGAUUCAGAUCGAAGGAAGGCAGAGUAG